CUCACUACUCACCAGAACUACAUCCAGACCUCACAAAAUGGGCGAAAAGAAUCCCGGAGCCGGCCACAAGAGCCCACCCGUCGAGGUAUCAUGGCUGAAGCGCGACGUCCUCCUCUUCGCCAACAGCAUCGGAGCCACAGCUGAUGAGCUACACUACCUCUACGAACUCCACCCCAACUUCGCCGCCUUCCCGACCUACCCCAUCAUCCUCCCGUUCAAAAACAACACCCAAGAAGUCAUCGACUUCUACGCCGCACAAGCCUCCUCCCGCCCCGACAUCCCGGGCGUCCCCAAACUCGACUCCCGCCGCGUACUCGAUGGCGAGCGCAAAAUGAUCUUUUACAAACCCAUCCCGACCACCUCCGCGGGCUCGAAAUUCGAGUCCCGGCAUAAAGUCCUCGGUGUCUACGACAAAGGCAAGCCCGGGACGGUGAUGGAGACGCAGACGGAUAUCGUGGACGCCAAGUCCGGGGAGGUAUAUUGCAGUAUGAUCGGCUCGGCGUUCUUUGUUGGGCAAGGAAACUGGGGUGGACCAAAGGGUCCCAAGGGAGAGAACUUCCCGCCGCCAGAGGGCAAGAAGCCGGAUGCGGUGCAUGAGAAUGUCACGACGGAGGAGACGGCCGCACUGUACCGGUUGAAUGGAGACUAUAACCCGCUGCACAUUGACCCGGAGCCGGGCAAGAAGAUGGGAUUCGGAGGGGUGAUUAUUCACGGACUGUACUCGUGGAAUGUCACGGCGCAUGCGUUGGUCAAGUUGAUCGGUGGAGGGGAUCCCGCGAGUAUACGGGAGUAUGCGGCGAGGUUUGCAUCUCCCGUGAAGCCAGGGGACACUGUUGUGACUGAAAUUUGGAAGACGGGGAAGGUGGAUGGGGAGGGGUGGGAGGAGGUGAGGUUUCAUGCUAAGGUUAAGGGCGGGAAGGUUUGUUUGAGUAAUGGACGGGCAAAGAUGAGGGUUGCGAAGCAGGGUGGGAGUAAGUUGUAAAUGUUGACAAUGUAGCUAUGAUCAG